CAUCACUUGUCGCACUACAACACACCGACGCCGCACCAGUCGCUGUCAUAUCUGUAUAAAUGCUUUUGCGACGUCCGGGCCGUGGAGUUCGCCAGAGGCUAUCGGUUGACACAAACCGCUGUCGAGCCCUUCAGUUUCACUGUUCCCAGACUUCGGACUGAGUUCUUUCAGGACGACCUCUUCCCGGCCACUCGUGUCCAGUGGGCGCCCACUCUGACGGCUGACCAGUGGUUUGGCGGACAGGACGGCCUACCCGUGUAUAUAAGCUUAAGACCCGACGGUAUGGGACUGUUAUCCGAAGCACAGCCACCGGCGCCGCAGUUGAAGAAGGAUAUGAAUCCGAAUGCACUUCCGAUUCAAUUCGAAGGCGACAUUCGGCUCAAGAGUUCGCUGGCAUUCCUGAGCGGCGGCCGACAUAAGGAGGAAAUGAUUAUACAACAAAUGUCCGAAAAGGUUGAGUUCAAGGACGAC